AUGAGCGCAGUCACAGAGGGUGCGGUGCAGGGUGCGGAGCGUGGCGAGCGGACGACUCAUGCAACGUGUCGCGCGCCAAACGCAGCGACGACGACGACGGCGACGGUGACAGGAGAAUCGGCAGCAGCGGCGGAUGUGGUUGGCGAAGGUACGGAAAUCGAUCUGGAUCUGGGCUUUGGCGAGUGUGCCGGCGAAAGUGCAGGCGAGGUUGACGCCGAGACAGCGCGGUUUGAUGCGCUGGUAGGCGAGCUGGAGGACGCCAUCAUGGAUCCGGCGUUUGGUGAGGCGCUGGAGCAGUUCCGCGACGCGCACUGUGAGAUGUUUGAUGACGGUGAGGAGAACAAGCUCGAAUAUAUGCCGCUCUUCUCCGAGUGGCAGGCCAUGGUCGAGGGCAUGGUCGCCGAGGCGCUUGCCGCCGCCGGCUCGUCGAUGGCCGAGUUCAUGUCGAUCCUCGCCACCCGCGACGAGAACGAGCUGCAGGGCGAGGUCUUUGAGCUUCUGAUGGCCUGCGGCGACUUUGAGGCGUUCAAGGACGAAAUGCUGGCCCACAAGGCCGCAGUCACCGGAGCCACCGUCCAGCUCUCGCUCGACAUCACCGGCGUGUAGGCUGGGAAGAACUUUACGGCGCAGCAGACGCUUAUGUGGCUCGGGCGCGGUGCCGCUGGGACGUGUGUGGUCCAUCAGUUGGGGCAUCGCG